GAGGAGACAGGGAGACCCAGCACAUGCAGAGACAUAGAGAGUGAGAGAAACAUUGCUCACUGCUCUACCAAUGGGCUGGACUGUGUAGCAAAAGGAUGAGAGGAAUGUGACUAUGUGUGAGAGAGAGAGAGACAGAGAGAGAGAGAGAGAGAGCGUGCGGGAUGUCAGCAAAUAUACCCAAGGGAGAGAGAGAGAGAAUGAAAGAGAGAGAAAGGGAGAGGCAUGUCGGGUUUAGAGCAGGGAGGACUAUACUUAGACAGCAAUAAAGAUAGUCAGACACAGCCAAUGCUGUAUUAUAGAGCAUGAAGGGGGACACACUGGAUCUCUUAGCAGCAGCUUGGGAUUGUAUCCAAUUAUAAAAUCUGGUCUGACAACAAACUGCCUUCUCAGCUUAACUGGUCCAGCAACAGAUUCAACUGGUCUGGGAUGGAUUCGCCUCUAAAAUCCAGAGGAGAGCUAAAUUAGAGCCAAAUGGCACAGCAGCAACUAACCACUACUUCAGUGAAAUGAGUGUGGUUUUUCUGACAUUGGGAUGAUACUACUCUAAAAGCUCUGAAGAGGACUAGUUGACAUUUGAGAGUGCUCUCAGUUAAUGCUUCGUCUGUAGUAACUCUGGGACCAGUGCUGUUUCUAAUGCUGUUUCUCACUGAAAAAGCCAGGAUGCUAUUAAAGCCUAAUAAUUCCUCAUCCUGAAUUGUGAACUGGACUAAAUGAAAGUUGCAAGAAGGCAAGAAGAGGUUGAGAGUUGUACGGCUGUUUUGAUGACAGAAAUUCAACUUAAAUUUCAAAGACAAGGACCAAGUCGAAACCAGAUUGGUAAAAAAUGAGGACUAUCUUGAGACAACAUUGUACAAAACUGGAUAUAAUCUGACAAAUGAAGUCUAAUCCAGGAUCAUCAUGGCUUGACCACCAAUGUUUGAGACCCAUGGAACAUGGUCUGAAGAGUUGCCCAAAGAAAGAUAUACAUGAAUAAUGAAGCUCAAGCUAAAUCCAAGUCAAGGAUUACAAAUUUACACAUUCAAGACUUAGUGCUUUGCAUCGUCGGUGCUGAUUGUGACAUCUGAGUGGCUGAUUUAAUGUGUAGAAGUGUGUUUUCCAUUGAUUUACCCACGACUGUCACCUCUGGCCAUAAUGCAUCAAGCAGACAUUGUGCAGAGGUGACCGGGUAUCUCAGUUGUGGGGUCUGAAGCCUUGCAACCCCUGGCGUGUGUUAGUGUGUGUGUUUGCUGCACAGACAGUAGAUGUGCGUGUGAAUGUGGAGGUGCUAUGCUGAGGGUGUCAAGUGUCGCACCAGCUCCGUUGGGCCACGAGUGGCGAUUUCAGUGUUCUGUCGGGGUGGACUGUAGCGAUGCCGAACCUCGCUGUAUCUGGCUGGCAGUGUUAAGGGGGGUUUCACCUCGCACCUCACCCCGCCCAACUCCCAUCGCAUCACCAAGAAGACGGGGCUCACGGAGGGUCAUACAGCGUCAUCGCUUGUCAUGGGCUAAAGGACGGAGAGAUGGCAUGGUGUCGUCCAAUGAGAACAGGCGCCGGCCACUGUCAUCGGGUGAGGUGGAGGGCGUGUCAUGGCAGGGCCCACGGACCAUUUUUGUCCAGAAGAACUCACAGGGAUUCGGCUUUACUCUUCGCCACUUCAUCGUCUACCCACCAGAGUCCUCCCUCCACAGCCUCAAGGAUGAGGAGAACGGAAAUGCAACUGGAAAAGGUUGUCAGCGGUCUCGUUUGGAGCCAAUGGACACCAUCUUUGUGAAGAGUGUCAAAGAAAAUGGCCCCGCGCAACAAGCUGGACUGUGUACAGGGGACAGGCUGGUGAAGGUGAAUGGGGAGAGCAUCCUGGGGAAAACCUACUCUCAGGUGAUUGCACUCAUCCAAAACAGUGAAAACAUUCUGGAGCUCUCCAUUAUGCCCAAAGAUGAGGAUGUGUUGCAGUUGGCGUACUCCCAGGAUGCCUACCUGAAAGGCAAUGAGCCAUAUUCAGGCGAGGCCCAGAACCUCCCUGCGCCGCCGCCUCUCUGUUACCCUUCUCCCAAGCCCAGCUCCACUGCCCCACAGCCCAGCCACAACCUCCACAGUCCCCUGGACAACUGGCAGUGCCGACCUGGCCCUGCCGCCUCUCCACUGGACAACCGCCCCCCUGCUGCUUCUACCCCCACCUCCGGCUGGCCCGGAGGUCCUGAGGAUUCCAGUGGUCACUUUGCCCCGUCAGGGCGGCACAGAGGCCGCUCCUCUUCAGCCAUCAGUGUGCUGGACUUUCACUUUGCUAACCACAAUGCUGCCAUCGCCUCUGCAACGCUGCCUCCACCACGGAAGAGCAGCCUGCCGGCCUCUGCCCGCACUCACGCCGAUGCUCUCUGCCACCAGGCUCUGUCGGACUGGUACUACAGCCAAGCUGAAGCUGCAGAGCACAUGUCCCCCCGCCACCGCAGUAUAUCUCAGGAUUGUUUAGCAGAGCUGGGGCUGGGAUUGGCCCUCGGCCCCGGACCCACACCUGCUUCCACAACCUCUGCUGAGCAACGCAGAAGAGAAACCCUCGUGUGCCACCACCAGGCAGCUGCUGCUUCCCAUGAUUCCUAUUGGCUAGGGGGCUGGGGUGGUGUGUCAGGACCAGGAAGCAGGUCAUGUUCAGAGAGCCUCCUGGCAGCAUACGCAGAGUACGAGCAUAACUAUGGGCGUUCUGUGGAAACACUGGCACAAGCCUCUGCACUGGUGUCGCCACGCUAUGAACACUCUGCACAAGCCUCCCAAAUGGCAAAAUUCAGAGAGCAGAAAGUUUCAACAGGGCAUCAGCACAAAACCACAGUGAUACCCCCCAUCACAGCCUCCUCCACAGUGCCUCCUAGUGGCAGGCAGUCAGGUCAGCAGGUAGCUGAACCCCAAACAAGGCGAGUAAAAGAUGAAGAGCUUGUGGGCUACAAAAGCUACAGCCCUUCUUUCUCUCGCAAAGCUGGCCACCUCCUCCAGCAGGCCCACUCCUUCAGAGAGCCCAGCUACAGCGGCCCUCACCUCAACUGGAGCCCCGGCAGCAGCGGCAGCCCUGCAGACAGUGAGGGGGGGAUGGUACCCAGGCCACAGUCUACCCCCGCCCUGUCUGCAUCAGAGGAGGAAAGAGCCCGACUGGGUGAGGACAGGGAGGUCAUCUCCCCCAUCACCCUGCAUCAAGAGGUGGUCCUUAGGCAGAAGCCACCCUCUGGCCGCCGAACCCCUGUUCAGGCUGUUCGACAUCCCCACUACACCACACCCGCGGAGUCACCAGAGCCCCCUGGUUUGGAACCCACACGAGGGACCCCCUCUCCUGUUGCUGGGGGGCCCGGCCCCAACCGCAGGGCUAAUGGUAGCCUGGCACAGCAUGCAUACAACUCCCUGUCCUCUAUUCCCUUCAUAGAUGAACCCACCAGUCCUAGUAUUGACCUACAGGCCUGCUAUGUACCAGCCCGCUCUGUUGUGUCCAGUUCCCAGGCCUCCACUAUGGCCACCCUCACUUCCACCUGUGUCUCCCCCACCCUCUCCUCCAUCUCCCCCUUUGUCCGACUUCGUUCUCAGGACUGCAGCAGUAUUAAAGGUCGCCGCUCCUCUUACCUGUUGGCCAUCACCACUGAGAGAUCCAAGUCCUGUGACGAGGGUCUUAACACCUUCAGGGAAGAAGGCCGAGUAUUCUCCAAACUACCAAAAAGGGUCAAGAGCUUUUUCACCGAUGGGUCUCUGGAGAGCCUGCGAGCCCAGGAGGAGGCCCGCUCCAAACGCCACUCCACCUCUGAACUGGGAACCAUCACCUUCAGUGAUGUUCGCAAGGAAGGCUGGCUGCACUACAAACAGAUCCUCACAGAGAAGGGAAAGAAAGUAGGGGGUGGCAUGCGACCAUGGAAGCGGGUCUUCUCCGUACUCCGUUUCCAUUCGCUCUUCCUCUACAAGGACAAGCGAGAAGCCGUCCUUCACGGGGCAGGGGCGGGGCCCAGCCAAGACGAGCAUCCUCCAAUCAGCAUCCGCGGCUGCCUGAUCGACAUCGCCUACAGUGAAACCAAGCGUAAGCACACCCUGAGGCUGACCACGCAAGAUUUCUGCGAGUACCUGCUGCAGGCCGAGGACAGGGAUGACAUGCUGGCCUGGAUCAAGGUCAUCAGGGAGAACAGCAAGACCGACAACGAGGAGAUUGGUUUCUCAAGACAAGCUCUCAUCAACAAGAAGCUCAACGACUACAGAAAACACAGUCUGACAGGUAGUAAGCCAGACUCGUCUCCUAGAGCCCAUCGCAUGAUGCCUCCCUUCCUGCUGGCCAAGACUGACAACACCUCAGUGAACCGAGCCCCCAGAACCGAUGACAACAAGGCGCUGUGGGGCAUCAACAUCAUGAAGAAGGCCAAGAAGACAGGCAGUCCGAAGGCUUUUGGUGUGCGACUGGAGGACUGUCAGCCUGCUGUCAACCAUAAAUUUGUCCCUCUGAUCGUGGAGAUGUGCUGUGGUGUGGUGGAGGAGACGGGUUUGGAAUACACUGGCAUCUACCGGGUGCCAGGGAACAACGCUAUGGUGUCCAACCUGCAGGAGCAUCUCAACAAAGGCAUGGACAUCAACACUGCUGAAGAGAGAUGGCAGGACCUGAAUGUAAUCAGUAGCCUGCUCAAAUCGUUCUUCCGAAAACUGCCUGAGCCGCUGUUUACUGAUGACAAAUACAAUGAUUUCAUUGAUGCCAACCGGAUAGAGGACGCAGAGGACAGACUGAAGACCAUGAAGAAACUGAUCCAUGACCUCCCAGAUCACUACUAUCACACCCUAAAGUUCCUGGUGGGUCACCUCAAGAAGGUGGCCGAUCACUCUGAAAAGAAUAAGAUGGAGCCAAGAAACCUGGCUCUGGUGUUUGGUCCCACUCUGGUGAGGACGUCAGAGGACAAUAUGACCGACAUGGUCACCCACAUGCCUGAUCGCUACAAAAUAGUGGAGACACUAAUCCUCCACCAUGACUGGUUCUUCACUAACGGAGAGCUCGAUAAGGAAGAGAAGGCCCCAGAGGAUAAGCGGGACAUGCAGCCUGUGCCCAACAUUGACCAUCUGCUGUCCAACAUCGGUAGGCCAGGCAUGCCAGGAGAGGCAUCAGAUUCCACCACCAGCGAUUCACUUAAGUCAAAGAUUUCUUCGCUUUCCAAGAAGGACCUGAAUGCCAAGGACUUCCUGCCCAUGUCCAUCAUCUCUGCUGUGACCCGCAAACGAAAAAAAUGCCCCAGUACCCACCUGCGGGGCAGCAGCACAGACGAAGACUCCGACCACGAGCCAGUCAAAACCAGCAACUUCAGGGGAGGAGAGGAAGGGGAAGGGGAGGAGGAAGAGGACAGAAGAGAGGAAGAGGCAGUCAAGGAAGAACAUACCAUUCCUAAAAAAGAAAAAAGGGAUGCAAAGGAAAAUAGGAUGAAUGCUAGAGAGACCACAGAGGGAAAAGAGUCCUUGGCUGGAGAGGAAGAGGCUGGAAAGGAUGUGACGAAUGGAACAGGCAGCGGUGCAAAAAAAAUUGAAAGGGAGAGCAGGCGGAGGACAACCUUGCCAGGAAAUGCACCGCAGCGUCCAAGAAGUUUUGUCUGCUCACACCAUCAGAUCCAUUCCACAUACACAAGACCCCCAACAGUGGCUAGUCCUCCCUCCCAUCUCAGGCCUCACAUUCUGGCCAGAGGACACCCCACGCUCCCUUUCUGGAUCUGCCCCACCAGACUUCCCAACCUCUACCAGGCUUCUAGCUUUUAUGGGACCCAGCAGCCAGACUGGAACCAGUCAGCUCCAGUCCGCUACAGGAAGACCAGAGGUGGGAGGACAAGGGCUGUUUCCAUGAAUUUGGAUCUUGAGCUGGGAAGGAGUGAGGACAGAGUCAGAGGAUGGAGAGCAGAGAGGGUGGAGGUGAUCAGAGUCAUUGAGGGAGCACCAGGCCAACAUGGAUGUGUUGGGGUUCCUCAGGGAUCAAUUGUAGGUCCCGGGUCAAUUCAGCAAAUAGGUCCCCUCCCUCAUCUUGCCCAGGAUCCUCUCCCUCUCUCCUCCUCUUCCUCAGGAUGGAUAGAUCAGACAUCCCCAGGAUCUCAAGCUGUGGUCAUGAGAAGAUCAAACCUGGACCCGCGGGACAAGACGAGAGCAUGGCGUCGCCACACAGUGGUGGUUUAACCAGACUUUUUCAUCUACUAAUGCAGUUACAAAGUACCUGCCCUUUACUCACAAACAGUGGAUCACCUGUCACUGCUUCUAAAGCCAAGUGUCUGUCAUGUUGCUUUAGGGAUAUUCGUUGUGACUGUUCCCUCUUGGCUUUUUAAUGGCACUGAAGUUAGAGAUGUGAUCUCAUGGAUAAGGAAUCCUUUGACAUUGUAUGCAGUUGUAGAGUUUCAUUCCAAAAUGAGUAAACCCCCAUUUGAAAAAUGUGAAACUCGCUCUGAAAUUAAUACACAAAUUCUACUAUUCAACUACUUUUGAAGCUAUUUGUCUUUAAUCCUUUACUUACAAAAUAACUGUAGAUGUAUUUAUCCAGGUUGUUUUAUAUUUUGAAAAGAACAUUAGGGCUGAGCACUGCAAAUUGAGAUCCUGGUAUUUCCAGGAAAUUUUCACCAAAAUCUGAUCACCUUUCUCAGGAAAAAUACCCAUGGGAUCCUUUGAUUUUCGCUUACAUGUUUACAUACUACGCUUCUACACAUCUGUUGUACACAUAGUCCGAGCUUGAACUGCAAUCAUUAGGGCAAAGUCAAAAUGAAAUAGGUGGUGCUAGAAGCUUGGUGAGAUGAUGUUUACUUGCAGAGGCAGGUUGGUGAACUACUGUAGCUUGCAAGCUAACAUGCUAACCAGCCAGCAACACUCACACUAGUAUUAGUCACAAUGGAUCUCUGAGCUAGGUAGCUUGCUAAUUGACAGGACACAAAGUUGACAAGUCACACAGUUCGUGGAGCAUUUUCCUCCAGCAGGAGAGGUUGAAUUAAGUGGAUGGUGCAAUGCAGUUAAUAAACUACAGUAGCUUCCAGUGUUCUGGACUUUUCCAACUCUGCAAUACCUCUCUGCUAUUGGUCACGGGUGCAAUUUCAAGUAUUGAAGAUACAAGGAUUUACUUCACCCCAACAAACCACUGAUCACAACAAUUCCACUUAAAUGAAUAGAUUUUGCAAUAAAAUGUUGCCAUUUUUAAAUGUGUUAGUCUGGGAACCAGACAAAUCCGUGAACUCAUGUUUUCAUUUGCUCUGGUAGAUGCGUCUGCUCCCCCUCCACUUCAAACACAUUUCCACCAGACAUGACAGAGAUGACAGACAAACAGUUGUUAAUCUGUUAAGGGGUGUCCUUGAUAAGGUGACGGACAACUUAUGGAAUCUUUUUGCUUAAUGCAAAAUACAUAAAGAUGUUAUUUCUGGCUUGCACAGGAAAGUGAGCAUCAACCUAGCUUAGUAAAGAGGAGUGGUAUAUUUGAUGGUGAAAACAGCAACACUUGUUCACAGACAUAUUGAUGCUAUACCAUCAGAGCUCGUUUCUGCACGCUGUAGUCUGUUCAUUGCUCAGUGCUACAUCACGAUUUACGUCACGACCAUUUACAGCCAUUGAUAACGCCCCCUGGAAAUCGAACAUGAACUGAAAAGUUGCAGACUAAUUUGCAUUUGCAAAUUGAUCUGGUGAUGCCAGGCCAAUAACCUAGUCCUUUAGAGUGUUAUAACUGGAAACACUUUUCACAGUGUGCAGUCAGUGUUUUACAAUACUAUUCUGCAUACAGCCACAAGAUGGUGCCACAGUAAGGAGUUUUCAAAUCCUACACAUGGGCUUAAAUAUGUAUCACUGAAAUAAUGUUUUGGAAUGAAACCCUUCAAUUGUAGAUUUAAAAUAGGAGUUAAAAACAAGAGAAAGCCAUAUCAGACAUUUGAAAUUCAACUCCAGAGCCCGGCUGCUGCUGUUACAACUGACCCUCACCAGCAAAGACUACAGCAGUCAUCAGCCACGUGUUUUUCACUGCAAACCGACUGUGCUGUACGCGCUGGUGUCUUCCCCCACUGUUUUUUAUCCACGUGGGCAAAUAUCGCAUAUGCACUCUCACUUGCCGGCCUAAGUACAGCACAGUACACUAAUUCAGAGGAAACCUCACCUCAGUUUACUUCUCAGCCCUUUACAAGCUCUUCCAAAGCCUCCUGUGGAUCUACAGGGAACUUCAUCGAUCUGUGGGAGCAAAACAACUCACUCUCUCUGGAUGACAUGACUGCCAAAGCUUCCAUGGACUAAACAAAUGCAUGCAUGGGGUCAGUGACAUAUAAAAAUAUGCAAACCCUAAGUGUUCAACACAAGCCUAUUGUGCUUCCCUGUGUGUAUUGUGUAUGUGGGGGGAGGAGUGCCAGAGCUUUGAGGAAGUUAAUGCCUGUUUCAGAGGAGCAAAGUGUUCAAGGCAGCUAUGCGAAGUCAUGCCAAAAUUCUUCUCUUUUCUAUUUGGGUAACUGUACAAUAUCAGCAGUAUGGAGCCAAGACAUGUUCAGCACUUAGUGCAACAGUGAGGCUCAGUUAAUACAUAAUAUCAGUGUUACUAAGAGUAUUGUCAUGGAAGCAGUUGAAAGUGAGUUAAUAACCUCCUUAAAUCCAAAACCACAGAGUCUUACCUGAGUGAUAUAUUUGCAUUUUUCCUUUUCACAUUUUCAGUACUUUUGCUCCCAUUAAAAGUCUGAAAGAGAAAAAAAAUUAAAUGGAGCUGAACCAAACUGUACUGCCAACCACUCUCACCCAACCAGACUCCAUGUUUGUCUUAAUCAUAUCUAGACUCAGUCUGUCCUUCUCUCUAUCUGUGCCCUUGUGCAUGUACUUUAUGUACGUGGGUGACUGUGCGUGGACCAAUUUUAUAACAGUUGUACAAAGCCUUGUUAAGUUAACCUGUGUAUAUAAUUAUUAUACAUAAUAUAUUAAAUUAUUUGUUUUGGAA